AUGACUGAACCCAUACCCAUACCAAGCUCUAAAUCGGAACCUGCACUCGAGUCAACUUCACUAUCUUCCGAGCAACAUGUUAGCGGAGGCUCACCCCAAGAGGAUAGCAAAACAUCUACAUUCUCAACCUCGGAGAAUGGGAGUCCUCAUGUUUCGAGGCGCCCCUCUGGUUCUGCGAGUAGCACAUAUCAAGAAGAUUGGGAACCAUGGCCUCCACUCGAUAAGAUCACCGUCUUUGACUUACUAGAGAACUUUGCUUUGCCCCAACAACUAGAAAAGAUACAAAGGAAUCUAUCCGCACAAUCUCAAAAGGUUCGAAAGCAACGAGAAAAGCUGAAGACAACCUCAAGUUAUGCGAAGACCCGAGUUGUUGAAGAAUGGCGAAAGCGUGUUCCCACUGCCGAUGAGCAGCUCGACAGAUAUAAAAAGAGGAUGCGCGAUAGUGUCGAUAAACUCGGGACGCGCUGGAAUGAUACGAAAUCAGUGACGAUUAGAGAAAAGGUCUCCUUCAUCUGUGGAGUCUUAAAUGUUCUCAUCAGUGGCUACUUGAUCGGAGGAUAUCCUGAGUUAUUCCAUUGGUGGUACACUGCCCAAUUAAUGUACUUCAUGCCCAUCCGCUUUUACGCCUACCAUAAAAGAGGAUACCACUACUUCCUCGCAGAUCUCUGUUACUUUACCAACUUUCUCUGCUUUCUCUCGAUAUGGGUCUUCCCACAAUCGAAACGAUUAUUCAUCAGCACUUACUGUCUUUCCAUGGGAAACAACGCGGUAGCUAUAGCUAUGUGGAGAAAUUCUAUGGUGUUCCACAGUUUUGACAAGGUUACGUCUCUUUUUAUUCACAUCAUGCCCUGCGUCACGCUUCAUUGUCUGGUCCAUCUCAUAGACCCACCCUUCCAACAAUCGCGUUUCGGUGCCAUCUAUAAUAUACGCACAUCCCCAGUAGGGUCUAGUACUCAUUACGGUCUCCUAUCCAUGGCAUUAUGGUCGUCUAUUCCUUAUGCGGUAUGGCAGCUUUCCUACCAUUUCCUCAUCACUGUCCGCCGCCGCGAGAAGAUUGCUGCAGGUCGUCCAACAUCAUUCACCUGGCUGCUAAAAUCUUACUCCAAAGUAUGGAUUGGCAAAGCGGUUCUCGCCCUUCCGGAUUCUCUACAAGAGCCGGCAUUUAUGCUUAUUCAAUACUCAUAUGCGUUGCUCACUAUGUUACCAUGUCCUGUAUGGUUCUGGUAUAGAUAUGCAUCUGCGUCGUUCCUCAUGGCUGUAUUUUGUUGGUCUGUUUAUAACGGCGCAAAUUACUACAUCGAGGUCUUCGGAAAACGUUUCCAAAAUGAGCUUGAGGAGAUGAAGAGAGAAGUCCAGAAAUGGCACAACACUCCUGAAUUAACGACAUCCCCUUUAUUGACACCUAGAACCGAGGGUGGAGAAAUGCUUGGUGAUGGUGAUGAGACAAAGAGACCAGGUUAUCCAAGAAAUAACAGUUUAGAUAAGAUCCCGUUACUCAACGAUCAAAUAGGCAGCACAGGAAUAGACGGAGGUGCGAAAGAUGUCGCAAAGCCAAGGAAGUUAGGCGGAAUGCCAGCUUAA